AUGGACGGUCAGAAGACAAUGAACGGGCUAAGGAAUCUCCAGUCAUCGAUGUCGCCCGCCCGACGCAGCGCCAGUAUCAGUACCACGGCCACUGCUACCAUCGCCAUCGUUACUCAAGCCGCCAUUUCCGGGUCCACCACGGUCACCGUGGUCGCCGUCGCUAUCGUCAUCACUCGACCCAUCGUCGCCGGAUAUGGAGCCAUUGGAGGCACUGCUGUCGGGAUCAUCAUCACCAUCACCAUCAUCCAUCGCGUCCGUCUCGUCAUGUCCGGUCAACAGACACAGCAGCGCAAGCCCGAUGCAGCGGAGUACAUCGCCAGCUCUCGCUCCAGCCACACUCAAUAA